GGGGGCUGAGGUGGAGCCGAGGACCCGGCUCUGCCGCGGCUUAGCCGCCUCCUCCUGUGCACUCGCGCCUGGUGUCGGCUUGGAAGUCGGGGAAGCCGGAAUAUAGUAUUUAAUGAAAAGUCCAUGCUUAAGUGGUGAAAAUGGCAGGCUUCCUAGAUAAUUUCCGUUGGCCAGAAUGUGAAUGUAUCGACUGGAGUGAGAGAAGAAAUGCAGUGGCUUCUGUAGUAGCAGGUAUAUUGUUUUUUACAGGUUGGUGGAUAAUGAUUGAUGCAGCCGUGGUGUAUCCUAAGCCAGAACAGCUGAACCAUGCCUUUCACACAUGUGGUGUAUUUUCCACAUUGGCUUUCUUCAUGAUAAAUGCCGUGUCCAAUGCUCAGGUGAGAGGUGACAGCUAUGAAAGCGGCUGUUUAGGAAGAACAGGUGCUCGAGUUUGGCUCUUCAUUGGUUUCAUGUUGAUGUUUGGGUCACUUAUUGCUUCUAUGUGGAUUCUUUUUGGUGCAUAUGUUACCCAAAAUACUGAUGUUUAUCCAGGACUAGCUGUGUUUUUUCAAAAUGCACUUAUAUUUUUUAGCACUCUGAUCUAUAAAUUUGGAAGAACUGAAGAGCUAUGGACCUGAGAUCACUUCUCAAAUCACAUUUUCCUUUUGUUAUAUUCUAUUUGUAGAUAAGUUUUUAUCUCUCAAUAUAAUUUACACAUUGCCAAAUGGAAUAGAUUGUACAUUAAAUGUUUUGUUUCUUUACACUUUUAUGCUCUGAGUUUUGAAAUAGUUUUAUGAAAUUUCUGUCCUUUUUUUUUUCAUUGAAUAGAUUGUUAAUAUGUACAUAGUAUAAGACUAUAUAGAUGAGAUGAUCCAUGUCGGUUUUUUUAUUCUUGAAGACUUAAAGCUUAAUCUGUUCCCUGAGCCAGGGUUGUAUCAUCAUCUAAUUGUAGAGUUAACUACUUUGUCUCAGUAUCUCUGAUUUUCAAAAUGUGCAAAAAAUACAGCUCCAUAUACCUGAAAUAAGCGCUGAGCCAUUAAAAAAGGUAUUUCAGCAAGUUGUAAUUUAUUUUGGCUUAAAAAUGAGAUUGUUUUUUUAAAGGAAAAAUGUUUGUUCUUAUGUAUAAAGUGGACUUUUAUAUGAAGAUUUUAAAAAAUGCCUGAAGGACUAGUUUGAAAGCCUCUUUUAAAAACAAUUCCUCUCAUAUGACUUUAUUUGAGAAGGGUUAAUACAUGAUCAGAUAAGCUCAGUUUUAUAUGGUUGAUGUAAAAAGACUGUAAGGCAGCUCAGCAACGUGCUUCUUACAAAAGCAGCUUAAAUGGUUCUCUUUUGACAGCCUACUAUUAUCUGACAUUACAAAAUUCUAUAUCAAGCAAGUUUGAGACAACUGCAGCUUAAAAGCAUGAACCAUACAACAAAAAGUGGAAUAAUUAGUUUCAAGAUAAAGCACUUCUUCCCAAAGGGGAUUAUUAUGACCUAGUGAAAAAUUAGGCGUUUCAUCCACUCAGUUACUGACUGCAAGUGUCUUUUUGCUCUAGCUCUCAAGCUUUAGGUGAACUCUUAUUGCAGAAUACAUCUUUAACCUGAAAGUUCUUACUCCAGUCAAAAACGUCUUUUGCUGAGUUUGAAAUACUGUAUUUGCACUGAGUGUAUUCCCAUGAGAGAUUUCAGAGGGAUAGUUGGGUCUUUGUUUCUAAUUUUGCUUUCCUUUGUUAUACAGGUCUUGUGUUGCACUUUUUUCCUCCAAAGGGAUUUUUCUAGAGCCUUUUGUUGUAAGACAGAAUAAUAUCAGUGGUAUUAUAUGCAGCUUCUAAUAUAAGCCUUAUUUUGCUUAAUGUCUCUCCUCUCUGAGGAUUUACUGUGCACAGAGUAUGAAGCAGUUGUGGAAUGCUGUGCCUUUGUCUAGAUACCAUCUUAAUUACUUCUUUCUUUGUUGUUUUUUCCUCAAAAAAACUGUCUUGCUUCCAACAAAUUUUAAGACUGAUUACUUGUUUCCACUCCCUUUUAACCUCUUGCAAUAAAUAUUACUUCUCACA